GUGAGCUGUUUGCCCAACGGGGCUUUUGUUCUGGUCUACCAAAAACUGGAAAAACCUGUUAGCGUGCAGGCUUUUUUUUUUGGUUGGUUGGUUUUGAUCUUCCUCUCCCAUUGGCAGCUACGGCUUGUACACAUGCGGACAAGGUGGUGCCUGCCUUUCAUGUGGAAGGCCGCCUUGCAGAAUCUGAAGGUGUUUUUUUUCAUUGCUCCGUAGCCUUUCCAGCCUCACGAAAGCUCUGGUGGAUACUCCAGGAGUUCAAGUCUGCUUGUUCUGCACGGAAUGAACUUAGGUCAUUAUUUUAUUUUUCUUCAAGCAAAGGGAGGGUGUUUGAGUAUGGCUCAGGUCCGGCCUUUGGAAUAAUAUUUUGUAGGCUCCGGGAGAUCUACAGAAGCCAGCCCUGUGGUGCAAUGUAGCUGCUUGGAUGCAGAAGCUUGUCUCCUUUACAGCAGCUGCACACAGGGUAGGGUUGACAUCUGUAACACCAGACAGCAAGUUAGUGCAAAGCGUGGACAAGCUGGGAAGAAACUCGUUGCUCCAUCUCUUUCCUUUUCAUCUUGCUUUGGAACGAGAAUGGGUCAACUGUGUGGACGGUGCGUGCAGCUGCUGCGCGACUUCGUGGCCUUUGUUCAGAGGAUGUCCUCGGACCUGGUGCGCAGCAUUAAGGAAUGCUUAACUCUGAUAAUCAAAUGCUCCUGCUUGAAGCAGAGCAGCUCGAAAGCCAGGCAGCUGUACAAGCCCAUCCUGCAGCCUCACGAGCGGGUGACAGCACAGGAGUUUCUGCAGCAUAUCGAAAGAGGUUUUGAAAUGUCACCACUUGGAAAGGACCCUCUGGAAGCCUUGAGGACCUUAGCUUUCUCAGAAAACCCGGGUUUACAGCAGUCUGCUGCUCUCUAUUACUUGCACAUGAGCCAGCACAUGAAUAUUCCCCUGCCAGCAGAGCAUCUGGAACCCUUCUAUGCCUUACUACGGUCUGCUGACCUGGAGGUGCAACAGAUGUCUUCCUUGUCCCUUGUCAACUUUUUGCUGGAAGGAAAUAUUGACAAAGAACUGGUUGUGCAAAUGGGUUUACUUGAGCCAAUUCUGGACCUACUUGAGUCAGAGGAUCCCACUGUCCAGUGUAAUUCCUGUGCCUGCACCAUGACUUUGGCUGUUUCAGAAUCCAACCGAGAUGCUAUUGGUGCAGCCCGAGGAGUUACACCCCUACUGUCUCUUGCCAAUUCCUAUGAUCCUAGAGUCCAACAAAAUGCAGUUGGUGCAAUUCUCAACCUCACACAAUCAGAGAGGAUCCAACAGGUCCUAUGCAAGGAAGGAGCCCUGCCGGUUCUCAUCUUUCUGCUGGAGUCUCCUGACUCAGAAGUGCAGUAUUACAGCUGUGCUGCCCUGAGUAACAUAGCAGCGAAUGCUCAGCACCACGAAGCCAUGCUGAGAACUGGUGACAGAUUUCUGCUCCGUGCACUCACCGCUCUCUUAUCCUCCCCUGUGGACAAGGUGUCAAGCCAGGCAUGUGUUUGCCUAAGAAAUUUGGCUACCAGUGUGGACACCCAGGCUGAGAUGGUCUCCCAGGACGUCCUGCUCAAGCUGUGCUCCCUCCUGGCCUCUGGCAGCGAGGACGUGCGGCGUGCAUCCAUCGCCCUGCUCUGGAUACUGUCCCAGCACCCGCACAACCAGGAUGCUCUGGUGUGUGCAGAGCUGCUGCAGAGCCUGGGGACGCUCCUGUCAGCACACACGACAGACCCUGUGAUUGCUGGCCAUGCUGCUUGUAUCAUCAAAAACCUGAGCCUUUCCAAAAACAGGCAGAGAAUCGUCGAGAGCCUGUGUGUUGAAGGUCUCCUCCAGGCCAUGCUUUCUGUUGACAUUCGAGAAGACUCUCUUCAUUACGUGACGUCUUGCCUUGCUGAGCUGACAAAGCAAGAAGGAGCCACGUUACGCAUGGUCCAGCGGAUGGAUGAACCCCUGACAAAGUGCUUGGUGAGACUGGCUGGCCAACUGGAGCAUACCGAGCCAUCCUUCCAGGCUGCCUCCAUCAUCCAGCACAUGACAGACCACGAAAAAAUGAUGUGUUUGCUGAAGUGUCACAUCACAGAGAUUCAAGCCUACCUCAAGAAUUUUCUUACGCACCAAGAGAUUCGCUUCCAGCAGCUGGGCAUUUCCACGUUCUGCAGGUUGCAAGCAGAUCCAGAAUUCUCAUUAGCAUUCAGGAAAAGCCAAAUGGCCAAACUCCUUGAGCAAGUCCGCCAACAAACAGAAGAAACACAAGAGCUCCUUAGGGCAGCUCUUUGCCACACAGAGAGUUAGUAUUUAAGCCGGGCAGCUUACGAAAUCUUACCAGAUCCAAGAACCUGAACUUUUAGCAAGGACAACUCUUUUCAUUGGCUCCUGUAGUUAAACUUUUCCUGCUACUUGCAGUUUCACUGUACAAGCAGCAAGUGCACAGCACCUUUAUGAAAGAGAUGUUCCAAUAACAAGAAUGGGACCAGGUCAAAAGACAAUCCCUCGGACGCUUCAUCUGCCUGCUUAAGUGUGCUUUACGACCACGGCUACGUUCCUUCCAGCUGCUCAGAAAACAGCUGUUAUGCUUGGAUAAUCUUCACUGGUUUUUUGUUUGUUUUUCCUUCCAAAAAUCAGAAAGAGCUGUAUUCAUGAGGUCUUAUUCAGGCAAAAGGCUGAUUCUACUGAAAAGGGACCUGUCAAGUAUGCAGGCAACUCUACAUUCAUCUCCAUUUUAUUUCUGUUCCAUGUCUUAUUUCAGAGCACACCCCAGCAACAUUAACUGAAUUAACACGUUCUAUAGAAGUAGUAAACUACUGGCAGGCUACUGCAGAAGGUAACUGCAGAGAGACAACUCUCAGAAAAAAUACAAACAAUUUGUAAGAAGCAAGAAUAGGGGAAGCACUAUGGCUGAUUCUUGCAUACACUGCCAGCACCACUGUCCAGCAGAAGAGCUAAGGCACACUGAGGCAGGUAAAUGUUAUGAGCAUUGCACAGAGCAUGUUCAGAAUAUAGCAGCUACCACGAAAGGCCUGUGAGACGCGCAUGAGGACAGAAAUCUAUGUUCUGCAACUGGUACAUUAUUUCCAAAGGGACCUGCAAAAGGGAAAGUGAACAAAUUUGACAAAAUUAGGAACUGAUCUUAUAUUUUGAUAUCUCAUUUUAAAAGGAGUAAGAGAAGUGAAAAGUGUAUUAGUAUGUUUAGUUCUGAAUUCAACUAAUUUUUGUAUGUGUAUGUAGGUUAUUGAACAGCCUCCCCUUCCCUUUUCUCCAGAGUAAGCAUAUCUGUCUCAUGGUUCUCUUUGCCAAUCAAAACAGUAUUUUUCAGGAGAAAAAAAAAAAAGGAAAAAAAAAGAAAGUUGUAGCACAGAGCCUUGAACUUAUGGGGCACUAGUUUUUUAAUGUAGCUUUUUAUUUCUAGGAAAAAGGUAAUCUAAUCAUAGUCAUCUAAUACUACCAAUAAUUUAAUAGUAAUCUAAUUACACCUUUGAUCUAUACACUUACUGUUUUUAACGUUGAGAAACUGGCUGGAGCUUCUUGUUGAACUGGCUGGAAUACUGAAAUUUUGGGAUUACUCUUUUAUAGUGAAUAUUGCUCCCAGAUGGCACAGUUUCUUAUGGAAAAAAAAAAUAGAGAAGUUUCCUGUCUUUUGGGGUACUUCUGACUGUGGUACCACUCCAAAACACAGCUGUAGAGCUGCUACUGGGUACAAAUACAGAAUAAAAGUUGAGGCAGAUCUAGAAAAAUAAUUCUGCCAACUAAGAGCUCACCAUUACAUUUUACUGUGGCCCAAAUCUUUAAGCUUAGGUUUGGUGCAUGGGGCAGGCUUUUUUUUUUUAGGUUAAUGUUUAAUUUCAGUAACUGCAAGUUCUCUCCAAUCAUAAGGUUAAAAAAAACAACAAAACAUUUAAAAGCCUCUCUACAGCACAGCAAAAAGACCUGUUGAAGUACAGGGUAGACAGAUCUCAGAUAAUGCAGUAUGGAAU